GGGCGUGGCCGCCGCUUGGUUUCUGUUGAUGUCAAAAAGUUACACAAGCUGAAGGGGGGAGAGUUGUUACAAAAGGGCGGUUUCACAACUGUCAACACGGCUUCACACCUACAUUCACCGGUUCUACCUGCGAGCAGGGAGCGCUUCUUCAGAGGAACACCAGCUGAUGGUGCCAUCAGCGGGGGAUCAUUUUAUCUCACCCACUCCUCCACGUUUUCUCUUUUCACGACAACCGUGGGAUUUCUGCAACCCCCCGCCUUAUAUUCCCAGAGACCAGUGAAUGGUGGGCAACAAGCGGCAUGUGAACGUGAUCUCCUCGGCUCCGGGUCUCCAAGAUAUCUCUCUGUGUCGUCAGUCUGCUUGCCCGUGGAUCUGUGUUUGGCUCACGCCGCCCUCACCUACCGUGGACUGUCGUGGCCUGUUGAAUCAUCACCCACGCAACAUCUACCAGCAUCUCAGCCAUGGAGCUCAGCUCUGUGAUUUUAACCACCGGGAGCUCGGUGGCCCUGUUCAAGCUGGUGAACGCGGGGAUCGGCAGGCUUCACAUCCCGGAGUCAGCCAGCAGGAAUGUGUGGAAAUGGAGAAAUAUCUCCACCUCGUUCGUGCACAGCUUCAUCACGGCGAUCUGGGCUGUGCUUUGCUUUUUCCGACAUCCACAGAUGGCUGAGGAUCUGAUAGAAACUUACUCUGUGUUUUCACAUGCUUUGGUGUCCCUUUCUAUCGGUUACUUCAUCUAUGACUUCCUUGACAUGGUGUGCAACCAGAAGCUGAUUCAGUCCUGGGAGCUUCUCUUCCACCACAUCGUGGUCAUCACCUGCUUCGGCCUCUCCGUGGUGUCGUGUCGCUACGUGGGAUUCGCAGUGGUGGCCUUGCUGGUGGAGAUCAACUCGGUGUUCCUCCACCUCCGGCAGAUCCUGCGCAUGGCCAGCAUGGCGGCGAGCACGCUCUACCGCGUCAACAGCAUCAUCAACCUGGGCACGUACGUGGUUUUCCGCAUCAACACGCUGGCUUGGAUGACCCGCUGGCUGGUGCUCAACAGGGACAAGAUUCCCCUGCUGGCCUACACGCUGGGCAGCGUGGGCAUGGCCAUCAUGACCGUCAUGAACAUCAUCCUCUUCUGCCGGCUGCUCAGGAGCGACUUUUUAAAGAGCAGCACCCGGGAGGCCAAGAAGGAGAAGGAGAUGUAGAACUGUGCUCUGUUAGGACCUGGUGGCUUGGAUCCAGCACCGUUUAAGAGACGGAGAUCUGGGCUGUAAAUGUAACCGGACCUCCUCUGACCUCGCUGGAGGAAACUUCUUCCCCUCAGCUGCAGGUUUGGCAUUAGAGCUUGUAUGCUUCACCUCAUGAAGAACAUAAGUCCUGUUAACGUGUUACCAAAUGCCUUAACAUCCCAACCAGAGUUUCAUCUUAAAAUGUAGCUGGGGAUGAACGCCACCUUUUAAACAGAUGCUCACACAGCCACUGGGCGCAGAAAAUGUAAAAUAUCUUUAGUAACAUCAUAAAUAUAUCACUUAAUUCAUCUAGUUUAUGCUUUAUACACAUUAUGCUGUUUAUUUUUUUUUCUUUGUUGCUUUUACCCACUGAGUAGAUAAAUCAGUGGCGCCCUCUUAUGGUUUGACUUUGGCACUGCAGAGGUGAAUGUGUUUUCCACCAAAUGUCCUCAACUAAAAUCCGCCUGCUACCUCAGAACUGGUCCCUAGCUCCCGCUUUGCUGACAGUGUUGAUCACUUUGCUGAAAAUCUACAAAUGACUUGAAUCAAAAAUGUACGUACAGCGCCCGCUCUCCACAGGUAAUUUCAAGCCUUUUAAAAACGUGUAAAGGCCUUAAAAUAAUUUCCUCUCGUCUUUGCUGCGUUUCUCUAAUGAUGGGCUUUGUUUGGUUCUUGUUGUUUCUCACUCUCAGAUGUUUUAAGCUUUAUUUUUACUCUGACUCUGGAUAUGGGCAGGUUUAGUUGAACACUGAUUUUUGUGUAAUCAUUUUCCGACUUGAA